CGAUACUUCGGUCUGUUAUCGUGAAAAUUUUGUUUGGUGUUAAUCUAGCUUUUAAUAUCUGAUUUGUUAAGUUGUAUAGUUUGCUUGUGCUAGACGUGUUUUGUUCUUUAAGUGUGUGUAGGGAGGUUCAUGACCCGGAGCAAUCCGACACCUUUAACACCACUGGACGAGGACAUCAACCGGACUCUCCGACUUCUAGCUCGAGAGAGGGAGCAAGCGGAGGCAAGAAGGAGAAGUGAAGAAAGGGGAAAACAAGUUGGUCUCGGAAUUGAAGGAAUUGAAGGAGAAUUUGAAGUUGAGAUGGCGGGGGAUCAACAUCGAGGGGCUAAUCUGCUUCCAAUCCCAAAUUUCGAAGCGAGAGUCGAGGAAGAGCCAAGGACUAUGAGAUAUUACAUGGCUCCACGGGCGGCGGAUAUCCAAUCUCCCAUCUUACAUCCACCCGUGGCCGCCAACAACUUUGAAAUCAAGCCCUCUCUCGCGACGAUGAUUCAACAAAAUGCUUAUUCAAUGGACUUGCUCAUGAAUAACCACAAGAGCAUGUCCAAAUUUUUGUUGAGCUAGCGGGAAGCUUGAAGAUAAAUGGCGUCCCCGAUGAGGCAUUGCGAUUGAAGCUCUUCCCCUAUUCUAUGGCGGAGAAGGCACUGCUAUGGCUCAACAACCAUCCAACUAUAUCCAUCACCUUUUGGGAUGAUUUACUCAACAAGUUCAUGACCCGAUAUUGUCCUCCUUCCAAGACGGCCAAGUGGAGAAAGAUCAGUCACUUUGAGCAAGAGAAGGAUGAGACAUUGAGGGAUGCAUGGGAAAGAUUCUCCGACUAUUUCCUCUAAUUCCCUCACCAUGGAUUCGAGGAUAAUUUCGGAUAGAAACUUUUUACGGAGGACUCAAUCAAGAUGACAAGAUCCUCAUUGACUCUCUUUGCCAAGGGAAGUUGAUGAACAUGACCAUCCUCAAGUGAUCGAGUUGCUCGAAGAUAUGUCUCUCAAGGGAUAUGAUUGGGGCUUGACAAGAAGAGCAAAGAGAAGCACCGAAAGAGGAGUGCGAAGUGUGGGAGCAAGUGCUCCACUUUGAGCGAAGCUUGACAAGUUGAUCAAGGUGAUCCUUGAGGACAAGAAGCAAGGGAAGAGAGAGGUGGUGUCUUGUGAUUGGUGUUCAAGCACUACUCAUGAAAUUGCGGAUUUCCAAGCGAUGAAGGAGACAAGUACCCUCGAGGAGCCAGUGAGUUUCAUUGCAAAUGCUAGAGGGAACAACCCUUAUAGCAACACAUACAACCCCGGGUGGCGCAAUCAUCCAAACUUUGCUUGGUCUUCCCCUACCAAUCCAAGACCUCUCGGUUUCCAAGGUCGCAAUGGGCAACUAUCAACCUCGACCAACUUACAUCCAACAAAGGCCUCAAUUCCAAACUCGAACUUCCAACAAUCAUACCAAGCACAAUGCGGUCAAAGGUUUCAACAACAACAAAAAGUCAACAAGCUCUCUAAACUUGAAGACCUUGUGACCACCUUUGUGAGUAUAAGCUCUCAGAAGUUCGAGAAGAUUGAGAAAUUCAUGGAUGUGGCAACCUCCAAGUUUACCUUAGUAGAGGCGGGACUCCGAAGCCAUCAAGCAAGUCUCCAAAAUUUGGAAGUGUAAAUCAGCAAUCUUGUCAGGAUCCUCACCGAGAGACCAAAAGGAGCCCUACCUUCUCAAACCAUUACCAACCCCAAGGAUCAUGUCGGGGUGAAUGCAAUUCAUUUGAGGAGUGGGAAGCUGACUUUGGAGGUUGUUGCCAAAGAAGUGAAUAAGAAGGAAGACCCUCUACCCGAGGGUGAAUAAGAGGAAACCUCGGGAGAAAAGAGAGGAGGGGCGAGAAAGGCAAUGCCGACGCCACCACCUGUGGCUGAGUACACGCCACCCCUAACUUUUCCCACGAGGGUGCACAAGGAAAGAUUGGAAGCGGAAUGUGGAGGUUUCUUGGGCCUUAGGUGGGAUUUUAUUGUGAUAGUCAGAGCAAGUCAAUAAUCAAGUCUUAAUAAUUAUUAAAGCUGAUA